AUGAAGGUUUCCGAGUUUAAUCACGGAACUUCUUACAAUGGAAUCUUGCCAACAAGGCCGGAUAUGAGUGAGGAUAAAGUGCUGAUCAGAAAACUAAAAAUGUACUCUAUUCUCUUCUUCGUCCUCUUCAUUCUCUUCCUUAUCACCACUAUCAUCGUAUCUGUAAUCCUUGGAAUCAAUAUCAAAGCUGAACAAGAUCUCGAAGAUCAACUGGAAAAAUGCAUCGAGAUGCGGGACCAGUUCUUCUUCAAAUCAAAUGAUCAUUCUAAUUCUGCAUCGUAG